AAUGGUCGCUAUUUAUCUGAUGUUAUUAUUUGGUUUUGUGGCGGGAAAACAAUGUAAAGACGACCCCGCAUUUUCAUGUGAUGAUACACAGACGUGCUGUUUACUACCUGCAGGACAGGGAAUAGGUUGCUGUCCUUAUAGGAACGCUGUUUGUUGUCAAGACAGAUUACACUGUUGUCCCGAAGGUCUUGAGUGUGAUAUUAAAGCAGGGCGAUGUGUUGGAAACAGUUAUAAACUACUCUUACAAAAAUUAGAUGGAGCAAUUACAAAUCCUAAUACUCCCAAGACAAAGCUGACAAUUAGAAAACCUCAAAAGUCGUCUUCCUCUUUUCUCUCCGUUUUAGCAAACAGAAAGAGCUGCCCAGAUAAAAGCUACAGUUGCGAAGUAACACAAACAUGCUGUCCUCUUGAUCUGGGAUAA